CAAUCAACAGACCAAGUGGCACUACUGCUGUUUGUGGGCCAGGAUGGCCAACACGACGCCACCGCAGACCACAUGGCCGUUAGCUACAUCAAGGGCUAUGUCGUUCUCACCUGGAAUCUUGGCUCAGGUCCACGUAGGAUUUUCACCCCUAGAGCAGUCUUCAGCAAGUCAGGUGCUGUUCACCUGGUCAAGUUUUGGACGUGUCGGCCCACAAGCAUGGCUGCAAGUCGACAACUUGGACAACGUGACAGGGACUUCUCCCGGCAGGAUGACCGAACUCAACACAAAACCCACAGUUUUUACAUCGGAGGCCACAAGUUUGUCAACUUCAGCGGGCUCCCGCACGACCUCCCCCUUCACACAGGGUUCACCGGUUGUAUCUAUGGGGGUGGAAUUUCGGGCGGGUCGUGUGAACGUGGCUGUCAGCCAGGUACGAGCACAGAGCAUUGUGGGUCGGCCAAACGUCGGCCAAUGUGGGACCUCCCAUUGCCACAACACAACAUGCCUCAACGGAGGUGCCUGCCUUGAUCAUGGAGCUACAUUCACGUGCCUCUGCAAGGACGGGUGGUUCGGACCAGUGUGUGCUCUAAGAUACAACCCCUGUGACAUGAGUCGGCACAACUGCUCCAGUGGUGCCACCUGUGUACCACUCGAGACUGGCUACCAGUGUGACUGUCCGUUUGGCAGGGUUGGCAAGUACUGUGAGAGAGAAGAGGUGCUGACCGACAUUAGCUUCACGGGGCUGCGAUCAUUUUUGGCCAUCCCCAAGGCCGAACUACACCUGUACCAGACCUGCGUAGAAUUUGAGCUAAGACCAUCCCAGGACCGAGGUCUGGUCUUGUUUACAGGACACCCACACAGUCCAUCCUUCUUGUCCAUAGCCCUUCACGGGGGCAUACUAGAGCUCAGGCUCAAUACCAUCGGAGGUCAACGCAGGAAUGGAGAUGUGUUGGUGGUGCGCAGUGGUCGAGUACUGGCUCUUGCCACCUGGCAUACAGUGCGUGCUGGUCGUUAUGGGAAUCGGGUGUUCCUGUGGGUCGAUGGUGCUGUCACGGCAGCGUCUCUGUUACAGGGAGAAUCUCUCCUGCCUUCCAGCCAUCCCAUCUAUAUAGGAGGUGUACCAGACCUGAGCCAACUUCCACCUGGUGCGAUGGCCGGUCUUCCGGUGGCUCUGACCGGAUGUGUGCGCCGAGUCGCCCUCAACUGGCGACCGGUACAGUUAACGGCCACUCAGGUGCUGGCUGCCCGCAACGUUGAUGACUGUGAUGGUACAGCUUGCGGAGGUGACGUGUGCCUACAUGCUGGUACCUGUUGGCUUGACACUAUGCUCAAACCCCACUGUACUUGCACCCAGGAAUUCACAGGGGAAAGAUGCGAGUCAUUAGUUUCCUGUCUCGAUUUACCUUGUGAAAACGGUGGACUUUGUAUAAAGAGUUCUGGAAGCAAACCUGUAUGUCAAUGUCCAGUCGGGUGGGAGGGUCCAUUCUGUUCACAAGCUCUGCCUGCAGGAGCAGCACACUUUGGUGGCAACAGUUAUCUCCUUGUUGAUCCUCAGUCAAGCCUCGCGGACCGAGGGGAGAUCGGCUCCCUCCGGCGCACCGAUAUAGACUUCCUGUUCUUAAACUUCUCCACAGCACAUCCACAAGGCAUGAUUCUAUGGAGUUCUCAGGAUGAAGAAUUCGUUGGAGUGGGCUUGGAGGGAGGACUGGUGAAACUCGCCUGGUCGUGGAAAGGACAAGAGGCAACUGUUGUGACACUACCAGGAGCUACAGUGGCUGACGGCAACUGGCAUGACAUCACCGUCAACUUCUCCAGUGACAACAUCACCGUCUGGAGUGACAGGGGAGACCCUCUCUCGUUCAUCAGUGACGGCCAGCGACCCAUUCUCACUGAUGGGGUCAUUCAUCUAGGGGGUUUUCCCAAAUCAAAGAUCACGAGCAAGGAAACUCGUGGCAUCUAUAGAGAAUCGUUUCAAGGCUGUGUCCGCGAGAUCGUGUGGACCGAUCACGAGGGCAUCACCGACUUCACGCGCUACAAGGGGGAGAACAUAAGGAGCUGCCCGCUCUUCGGCAACUGAAGCUGUCUCAAGAUCAAAACGUCACUGCCAGUACCAUUUAGAAUAUUAGGGAGCACUUUUACGUCAUCAAGCAUUUGAAUCUGUUAUAGACGUUUCAUUUGAACAUAUGCGUUGAUUUUAAACGGUUUUCAUUAUCGUGAACUAACUGUCAGUAUUUUAAUAAUAAGUGAACGUAAAAGUUAGAUUUUUAAAAUUAUUAUUUUCUUUAGGGUUCUACUAAUGUACUUUGCAGUAUUUUGUUUCAUUAUUUUCUAAACUCCUCCAGGUGUUAACAGUUUGCAUUCUUCUUCCAGUACGAUCAACUACAAAAUAUUAAUUUAAUAUAAUGGAAUGCACUAACAAUGAGACUAACACUUAACUUGUAUGUUUUAUUGAAUUAACUAUUUCUAAGUAAAAUGAAUUUUAAUGAAAAUUGGGGCUUUAAGAGCAUGUGAACAAUCUUACAGUUUAAACACUUUUCCUCUCAUAUUUUUGGACUGUACAGUCAUGGAAGAUAUCUCAUUUUAAAAAUAUACUUAAUAAAUUUCCAAAUGUUUUUUAGAUUUUUAAAUAUUUUUUAUUUAUUUAGAAAAAAAUGCUUUUUCUAAACAUUUUUGAAUUUUGUUGGUUAAAUACUAAUAUAGUAGCCUAUACUCUUUACGUAAACAAAUUAAAAGCGUUUUAAUUCAAGUGGAACCAUAUUAACCAUAUGUUUAAAACUAUCAAGAAUCCCUUGUUAUUUUAAGACCAAACAUAAAGUUAUAAAGUGUUGAGGAUUAAUAUUAUUCUUAAAG